ACCAAACAGGGAAAGUCUUAUUCACAAAACAGAAGAAAUCUGUGUUAAAAUACGAUGUUCAUUUGUUUUGUCUAUCUACCAGUCUUUCCUCUGAUUAUCUUUCUUGGGAAUACUCCUGUUUGUCUUUCUGGUAUCCUGACAUCAUGGCUUGAUCCACAAACUGAUCCAGCAGAUGAUUAUUAUUCUGAGUAUAGCACUGAAUAUGCACAGCCAGAACAGAUGGAUACCAGAUUUAGAUUGUUUCCUACAGAUUUUGACUGGCUUUAUGAAUACUUCACUGAUGAUGUGAAUCCAUGCCAGGCCAAGCCGUGCCAGAAUAAUGGAGUAUGUGAGAGGAACAGGAACAACUACACAUGUCACUGCCCCAAACCAUAUGCAGGAUCUAAGUGUGAGAGAGUGGAAAACACAUGUCAAAGAGUCAACUGCCACAGAGGAGAUUGCCUUAUAAGCUUGGUAGCUCCUUAUUAUCAAUGUAGAUGUAGAUAUCCCUACAAAACACCAUCCUGUGACAAAGCGCACUCAGCUUGUCGACCAAACCCUUGCAAAAAUGGAGGUACGUGUCAGAAGCAUCGAAGAAGAUCCAAGUUCAGCUGCAAGUGCCCUGAGCCAUUCAGGGGGAAGUUUUGUGAAAUAGAACCCAAAGACUGUUUUGAAGGAAAUGGUCAUUCAUACAGAGGAAAUGUUAGCUGGACACUGCUCCAGAAGACCUGCCUUCACUGGAAUUCUCACCUUCUCUUGGAGAAUAGUUAUAAUGCAUUUAUGGAAGAUGCUGACUAUUACGACCUCGGUGACCAUAACUUCUGCAGGAAUCCAGAUGGUGAUGAAAAGCCUUGGUGUUUUGUCAGUGUGGAUAACAAAUUGAAAUGGGACUUCUGUGAUGUUUCCCCUUGCUUGACAACAGCAGAACCCUCCACAAUCAUCUCAAUCCAGAAUCCAGUAGCAGAUAGAAGACCCAGUACAUGUGGAAACCUAGAGAUAGCAAGACCAUUCAAGAGAAUCUAUGGUGGUAUGAAGAGCACUGCUGGCAAGCAUCCAUGGCAAGCUUCUAUUCAGAGGAAGUUCUCAAUGGGCCUUGUUUUGCCAAAGGGACACUACUGUGGAGGAAUACUGAUUGAGCCUUGUUGGGUUCUCACAGCGGCACACUGCAUUACGUCCGAAGCAUACACCCUCAAAGUGUAUCUUGGAAAACAAGAUCUCAGAAGGAAAGAGCAUCAUGAACAGUCUUAUGAUGUAGAAAAGAUAAUUAAACAUGGACACUACACAGAAUGGGAGGACAUCCCACACAAUGACAUUGCUUUGCUGAAGUUAAAAUCAAUCAAUGGCCACUGUGCAGUGGAAACAAAAUAUGUCAAGCCGGUGUGCUUGCCUGAUUCAACAUUUCCUGUGGAUACGGAAUGCUACAUAUCAGGUUGGGGAGAGACUGAAACAGGUGCAUCAUCUCAUCAGUUGUUAGAUGCCAGAGUAAAGCUGAUUUCCCAGAUGCAGUGCAACGCACCAAGUGCAUAUAAUAACAGACUGGAUGAAAGCAUGCUUUGUGCAGGAAAUCUUCAGAGAACAAGAGCUGAUACUUGUCAGGGAGAUUCAGGGGGUCCUCUAACCUGUGUUAAAAAUGGCUCCUAUUAUGUCUAUGGAAUUGUGAGCUGGGGAGACCAGUGUGGAUUAAAAAAUAAACCAGGAGUUUAUACCCGUGUGACAAGAUUUCUCAACUGGAUUAGAACAAAAAUUCAACUUGAGUCCAGGUGUCACAACUGAUGAAGUCCUUCUAGAAAUGAAGAAAGACUGCCAAAGCCUUUGCCAUGCUGCUGUGGAUCAUCCUGCAACACGUGUCCUUUGAUUUGAAACCCCAUGUAACAUUUCACUUUAUCACAGUUUGCCCAGUUUUUGCACUCAUCCUCACACAUUACAUUCAUUUGAUUUGCAGCAGCUUUAUACUAAUACUGAUGUGUGUGUGUGUUGUGUGCAUGAUAAGGUCAGUCUCUCAACAGCUUUCUGAGCAUGGUAUCUGAUCCAAUUGUAUAUCUACCAAAAACAGUUUCAUUUUUAAUGAGAGGCCCCCAACUCCUCCAUCUCCCCAUGCUCUCACUGGCUGUUUCAGUUCAGAUACAUACUGAUCCAUUUGAAUGUUUUGAGAAGAAACGGUAUAUUUCAGACUUACAGCUGUGACAUUCAUCUGUGUAUGGCCAUACGGUUCUAGCUGCGUGAGCAAUAUAUCUCACUUAUUCCUUUCUUUUAACACAAGAGUAAAGGGCUGUCGGUGUACAAUGCAAAAUGUACUUCCUGUCUCCACUGCUUUUAGAAGCUAGAACAACCUUUCCAAAAUUACCCUUUUCUAUUUUGGAUUCCAGUAAUUGACUGAGGGCAUUGUUUAGUGUGAUUUAAUGCAGCAUAAUUUCUUGAAAUGGGCAUUAACUUUUUAAUCAAAUAAAUGCAUGUAAUUAUUUCUUUAUCCAUCAGUGAAACGUGGGCCAGAGCACAUUUAUCUACAAAAUUAGAUUAUGGGGAGUAGAACGUAGUCAGAAGUAUUAUUUUAUCUUCAUUAAUGUUUUCUAAUCUUUAUGAAUGCAUAAUUUGCUCUAAAUCAGCUUAUUCAUUAAUUGAUUGCAUUUCUAUAUCAUCCAUUAGCAAAAGUACUCUGGGCGGUUUAUAAGACAAACCUUAAAGCCAUAAAAUACAAUGAUUUACUAUAAAACUAUGAGUUUAACAUAGAAUAAAACCAAUGAAGUAACCAAGAUGAAAGCCAGCAGCAGUGCAAAGUUCUAAAAUGUACUACCAUGAUUUUUAAAGCUGAAGUGCUAAAAAGUGGAAUCCCUACUUUAGACCCAGGUUCCCAAUAGAAGAUACCAACUCAGGACUAGUUCUUGAAAGCUACAGUGCUUCACAAUGAACUGCAGUUGUGUUAUUUACAAGAUUACCAAUUGACAAUAAAAAGAAC